UGUUGUCGUAUGAAGCUUUAAGAAAUGUUAUUUGAUUGAAAUAAGAGAAGUAUUUAAAUGUCUAACUAUUUUAUUAAUUGAAAUUAUAUUUUAUCGAUUGAGAAUCAUGUCUAACGUCAGCUAUGAUUUGGAUAGUUCGGGAGGUCUUAUGCCGCUUAUAAAGGCACUCAUAAAGCCUCCAGACGAGGAUAUUAAUGUACAGAAACCUAAGAAGCAACAGCAUCCAUAUUACAAAAGACCUGGUAAAGGGCAUAAUCAUGACUCCUGUGAUGCGUGUGGGGAAGGCGGAGAUCUUAUAUGCUGCGACCGCUGUCCAGCUAGCUUUCAUCUUGGUUGUUAUGAUCCACCGCUUGAUGAAAAUGACAUACCUGUUGGCUUGUGGCUGUGCCGAGAGUGCACUGCCAGUGAUGAGAAGCAAGCAAGCACUAGAUCUAGUAGAGCUCAGUCACCCGCAGAUGCUAAGUCAGACACAUCUGAGAAAAAGUUGAGGUCAGGUCGUGCCAGCAGUACUGGUACAUCUUCGAAAAGAAAACUCAAAGAUGAUAAGGAAAAAACAGAGACAGAGGUUAAAAAAGAUUUAGAACCACCAAAACCCCUCACCCCAAUGGAGGUUCUUGUCAAUGCUGCUAAGGUCAUGAAUCCAAAACAAUUCGAUCUGCCGGAGGAAAUGAAGAUACCUUGCAUUUUUCCAGGAACAGAAAAAGGUGAAGCCAGUGGGCCAGCCACUGUGAGCACAGAUACAUGGGGUUGUGUCCCGCUGCCUGCCAAGUCAUGCUAUGUGUGUCGCGCCACCUGCAAAAUGGCGCCGCUGCUGCAGUGUGACUACUGCCCACUACUUUUCCAUCAGGAUUGUCUCGACCCGCCGCUCACUUCACUGCCGACCGGACGCUGGAUGUGUCCCAACCAUGUGGAACAAUACAUUGACUGGAAACUCGUGAACUCUAUAUCGGCGACGGAGCGGGUCGCGUUGUGGGACAAGUUCAGUGGCCCAGUCGACCAGCACGCCAUCAAAGUGGACUUCAUACGUCGCGCGAGGAGAGCACGCCCGGCCUUCCGUAUCAAAGUGCCGUGCGGCGCGCGCGGUCGCGUGAUCGUGCCGGCGAUGGUGCGCGCCCACUACCGCCGCCCGCCGCCGCUGCUGCCCUCGCGCAGGGAACACGUCAGAUGCGCUAAAGUGAUAAAGAACCUCAAAGCGAGCGGUGAAUAUGAGUCGGAUGAUGAUACAGAGACCAAACACAAGAUCUGUAUGAACCUCUCCUGUCCCCAGUAUGAGGGCACAGGAGACUGUCCGCAUCAGCAGAUCAAGCCGCAGCUUAAGGGUGCCACAGAUGAGGACGUUGACGAAGACCUGAAAGCGAUUGUCGAUGAAGACUUUAAAGCGAUAGCCGAUGAAGACAUCAAAACUGACAGCCAAUCGGACUCGCAAUCCGACCCCGAAGAGUGUGCGCGCGUGUUACGCAAGCGGCGCGCGGUGCGGCGCGCACGCACGGCGGUACGCACGGAGCGGGCGGAGCGGCUCAGUCUGCGAGAGGGGGAGGACGUCACGGAGUUGUUGGCGGCCGUAGAGGCGCAGCUCGACAAGCUCGACGAGCGGCUCGUCAAACUGCUCGCUUGGCAGCGCUUGCAACAAGUGGCCGCCGGCGAGCAAGCGAGCGGUGCUUGGGCGAGCGACGACACUGGAUGCGCGGGCGCAGCUGCGCGCGCGUUGCAUCACGUGCAGCGUUCGCAGCUCGCUCGGCUCGGGUUACGUGCUGCGCCGUUGCCGUCACAGCUACUAGCGCCUGCGGAUCGCGAGCGAAUCGCGGCGCUCGUGUGGGGUGCGCCCCCCGCGCCGCAGCCGCCCCCGCCACACCCCGCCGCGGAUCUAGCACUGCGCCUCGUGCGAGCCGUCCUCACUGAGCUCCUGGCUGACGGCGCCGACGGUGCGCCGCAGCUGGGCCGCGCGCACGCCAUGCGGCUGUCGUCGCUGCGUGUGGGCUCGGCGGGCGGCAGCGGCGUGCCGCUCGACCCCGCCUGCCGCCGCGUCUCGCGCACGCACGCCGUCAUAUUCUGCGACGAGGUGACGGGCCACUUCGAGCUGAUCAACUACUCGGAGUGGGGCACGGCGGUGAAUGGCGUGCUGUACGCAUGCGAGCUCCGCGACGAGCCUGCACCAGACCAGCCGCUCAUACUGGGACGCACACCGCCGCCUAAGCGCAUAUCGGGCCCGCUGCUGACGGGUGCGGCGAACGGCGUGUGCGAAUGCGGCGCGGGGCGGGCGCCCGCGACGCGCGCGUGGGAGGGCUCGGCGUUGGUGCCGCACGGCGCGCUACUCCAGUUCGGCUGCCGACGCUACGUGUUCAGCAUCACCGAUCACAAUUAGACUGAUAGGUUUUAUUGUUCGCACUUGUGCUGAUUUAUCAUUUAUCACUUGUCCCGGACCUUCUACUAUUUAAAAAGCAAAAUUAAUGCAGCCCUUUUUAAUUCCUAACUCCGAAAAUGUAUUUCGACGGGCUGCAAAGUAACAUUAUACAGUACAUAAAUGUUUAUGAGAAUACUAUUUUACUAUUUGCUGGGAAACGGAUUAACGCAAGAAAUGAAGCUGAUUUAAUAUUGGACAAAAUAGUACAAUCUGGGUUUACCUAUAUUUAAAUGGUAUUAUGAUACAACCUUUGGCAGUUGCGUAAUGCGUUACGUGACAGAUAUCAAUUGUUUCGACAUCGUUACUAGCGUCAUGUUUCGCUCCAUUCCAAAUGGUCCUAUCCUAUUUUUUUUAAUUAAAAUUUUUAUACUUGGCGCUCGCACGUCUUUUAUUUAAGAGUAUGUGCAGGUGAGUCUUUUAUGUCAGUCGACUUUGGUUUGAAAAAUUGUGUUUCAGUCUAUUCGUUCUAUGUAUAUAUUUUUUGUCAUUUCAGUUAGUUAAGUUCUUUUAAUGAUGGAGCUAAAAUGGUUAUUAUUUUAUUGACAGAAUAUUUACUUGCGAAUAAUUGUAGAGGUAGUAAAACUCGCUAAGAAAUCUAUGUAACAAUAUUAUAUAACUGAUGUAAGUCAAACAGUACUCUGUAUGGUAUGUAAAUCUCACUGCAAAAUCUAUAGUCUAGCUCAGUGGUCCCCAACCUUCUUUUCACACGGGCCACAAACAACUUAGUGUUGCGGGCCGCAACAAAACAUUUUUAGGGUUAAAAAUAACGUUCUUCAAAAUUAUCGAUUUAAAAGUGGAAAAAAAUUCACGACGUGAAUUCCAAAAUGAUUUAACAUCACGCGGGCCUUAGAUAAUGACCCGGCGGGCCGCGAGUUGGGGAUAGCUGUUCUAGCCUAUGUCAAGGUUUGAGAUGGAGACAACAUAUUUUAGUCAUUAUCUAAACCACACGUACCACAACCACAACACGUCGCAACGACAAAAUGGCGUC